CGCCCCAGGUCCGUGUUGGCCGGCUGGGAGGCUGGAGAGACCCACCCAGCGACCGGCACCGCUAUAUAGACCGGCUGCAGGCGCCCGGCCCGCGGCUUCGCAGGUACCUCGGCGCCGGGAAGAUGCCACCCCCAGCGGCUAAACGUGCCAAGAAGGGCAUCCUCGAGCGUUUAAACUCCGGAGAGGUUGUGAUUGGUGAUGGGGGAUUUGUCUUUGCCCUGGAGAAGAGGGGUUACGUGAAGGCUGGCCCCUGGACGCCAGAAGCAGCUGUGGAACACCCAGAGGCAGUUCGCCAGCUUCAUCGAGAGUUCCUCAGAGCCGGGUCCAACGUCAUGCAGACCUUCACCUUUUACGCCAGUGAAGAUAAGCUGGAGAAUAGAGGGAACUAUGUCGCGGAGAAGAUAUCUGGACAGAAGGUCAAUGAAGCCGCUUGUGACAUUGCCCGGCAAGUGGCAGAUGAAGGCGACGCUUUGGUGGCAGGAGGUGUGAGUCAGACACCCUCCUACCUCAGCUGCAAGAGUGAAACUGAAGUGAAGAAAGUGUUUCAACAACAGCUAGAGGUCUUUAUGAAGAAGAAUGUGGACUUCCUGAUAGCAGAGUAUUUCGAGCAUGUUGAAGAAGCCGUGUGGGCAGUGGAAGCUUUGAAAGCAUCUGGGAAGCCAGUGGCAGCAACCAUGUGCAUUGGCCCAGAGGGAGACUUACAUGGUGUGACCCCAGGAGAGUGUGCAGUGCGUCUGGUGAAAGCAGGUGCUUCCAUCGUGGGCGUCAACUGCCAUUUUGACCCCACGAUCAGUUUGCAGACGGUGAAACUCAUGAAAGAAGGCUUAGAGGCUGCCAGACUGAAAGCCCACCUAAUGGCUCAGCCCCUGGCCUACCACACCCCUGACUGUGGCAAACAGGGAUUCAUCGAUCUCCCAGAAUUUCCCUUUGGACUGGAGCCCAGAGUUGCAACCAGAUGGGAUAUUCAAAAAUACGCCAGAGAAGCCUACCACCUGGGGGUGAGGUACAUCGGCGGGUGCUGCGGGUUCGAGCCCUACCACAUCCGGGCCAUUGCAGAGGAGCUGGCUCCAGAGAGGGGCUUUUUGCCACCAGCUUCAGAAAAGCAUGGCAGCUGGGGAAGUGGUUUGGACAUGCAUACAAAACCAUGGAUUAGAGCCAGGGCACGGAAGGAGUAUUGGCAGAAUCUCCGGAUAGCCUCGGGCAGGCCAUACAACCCUUCCAUGUCCAAGCCAGAUGCCUGGGGAGUGACCAAAGGAACAGUUGAGCUGAUGCAGCAGAAAGAGGCUACAACAGACCAGCAGCUGAAACAACUCUUUGAAAAGCAAAAAGUCAAGUCUACACAGUAACUAACCGCAGUGGAAUCCACUGCUGGUGGAUCCCUCUAUGUUCGGGCUGCUGGUCCUAAAAUGUUGGUAAAGCUGGUUAAAAAGUAAUGUUUGUUUUGAUGUCAAGCUACACAUACAAUUGCAAUCAGCUGAAUCAAGCCAAGCUCCACAUAGUCCCUAACAAUUGUAAAUGUAUCAUUUAGAAGCAAAAUAAAAAGUAAAUUUUAAUGA